AUGGCCCUGCAGGCGUGCUCUGGGGGCCUUAGAGGGCCCCUGAGAGCGGCCCUCACUGCCGUACGCAGCCAUGGAGCCGCAAGCUGCUAUUCCCAACUACCAGAAGUAGCUCCAGCAGCAGCGGCAGCAGCAGCAAGGCCAUUAGAGAGCAAUGCUACUCUAGGCUACAAAGCCCAAGUGUUGGCGACCCCUGAAUUUCCUGGGGAAUACCGGGGGACACCCAGUGCUUCGGGGUCUUCCGUUUGGCCAAGGACAAACUUCCCCACAGGGUGCUUGUGCAACUGCAUAGGACGCUCAAUAAGCCACAUCCGCAGCAUCGGUGAAUGCCACAGCAGCAGCAGCGGCGCUUCUAGCAGCAGUAGCAGGAGCACUAGCGUUAGCCGCACAAGCACGAGCAGCUGCGGUUCCCCUGAAGCAGCACGGCGCAGAACUCCUGCGGGAACUGCGUUCUUGCAUCCACCUGAUCUUCGCGUCCCUCGAAUUCGGAGGCAUCCACGGCAACUGCAGGAACCGCAAGAACAGCAGCAACAGAAGGAACAAGAGCCUCCUCAGAAGCAGCCGCAGCAGAAGGCCCAUGUGUACCUCCACCCAUCAGUGCAGGGUGCCAGAAAGCCCUUGGCGGCAAACAAGAAACGCCAUUCUGUAGCAGCUGUGGAGAAAGCGAACGCAUCAGAAGCAGCAGCAGCAGCGGAAAAAAGAAGCAGAACCGCAGCAGCAGCAGCAACAGAACGGCCCCACAAGUUUUGCAGGGAACACCGGGGCCCAAAGGCGUCGCCUUCGGCAGCCUCAGCAGCAUCCGCAGCAGCAGAUAAUGCAGACACGCGAGGCUCGCUUCCAGGUGCAGCGGAACAAAAUGACGUUGGGACAGCAGACAGUAGCAGCAGCAGCAGCAGCAGAGCGAGCAGCAGCAGGCACGGCAUACUGUGCAAAGCGCUGAAGGCCUCGCUCGCUGCCCAGAGUCUGCAGACUCUUACGGAAGUGCAGAAAAGAGCCUUUCCACACAUCUUCGCAGGCCGAAAUGCCUUGAUUCGGUCCCCCACAGGCACAGGGAAGACCCUGGCUUAUGUGCUGCCGCUGCUGCAGCGGCUGCAGCAGCAGAAGUGGCCCCGCGAGGAGCCCAUACUCAUCCUCACACCGACAAGGGAGCUCGCUGAACAAGUGGCUGCUCAAUUCUACAAGUUCCGCGGAAGCAUUGAUUGCCAUGUGAUUGUGGCUGUCGGGGGCCCCCGGGGAGGGCCCGCACUGGGUCCGGUACUGCUGCAGCAGCGCGGAGCUCACGUUGUAAUCGGGACUCCUGGAAGGAUAGAAGCCCUCUCUGUCGCUAGGGAGCUGCUGCACCUGGAGCAACUGCAGUGUUUGGUGCUAGACGAGGCUGACAAGCUAGUAGGUCCUUCCUUUGAGGCUUCCUUGGCAGCUCUGCUGCCCCAACUUAGUCCUAAUAGGCAGACCAUCUUAGUCUCUGCGACCUUCCCGAAGUGGCUCUCCAAACCUCUUCAAGAUGCAUUUGGUACCUACUCUCCACCGCAGCAGGAAGAGCAACAAGCCGAACAGAAAUCACCAACGGGGCAGCCGCCGUCGGAGCAGCAGCAGCACAAAGCGAGCGAAGAGGCUGUUGUGAUCGACUUGAGUGCCCUCUCAGGGUCAGAACUCUCUCCAUCUGUGUCCCACUUUGCUGCACGGGUUCCUCGUGCACUCGGGGAGCGCUGCCGCCGCGCGGCAUUGCUUCUACUGCAGCGACUGCCUCCUGGUGCUCAGUGCAUCAUAUUUUGCUGCAGCAGGGACGAAGUGUCGUGGCUUGCUGCUCAUCCUCUACUGCAGCAGCAAGCGGCGCAGCCACUGCACGCGGACAUGUCUCAGCGCCAAAGAAGACAUACCGUCUUGCGUUUCAGAGACAAAAAAUUCUCGGUGCUCAUAGCGUCAGACUUAGCCGCGAGGGGCCUUGACUUCCCAGGAGUCAAAAUGGUGCUUCAGUGGGGGCCCCCAUUGUCUCCCGAGGUGUAUAUACACCGCGCGGGCCGGACAGGCAGGGGCGGAGAGGUCGGUGAAGUUGUGGUUCUUUAUGACGAGGCCCAGAGGCAACAGCUGAGGAGACUGGAAUCGCAGCUCAAGAUACAUUUCAGCCCCGCAAAGACACCAACAGAAGCAGACGUCCAGCAACAGCUGCUCGAAAGACUCGAAUCGGACAUAACUUCUUUUCCUUUUGCUGCGGACUCCGGCCCUUUGCUGCCUUUUGCUGCUGCGCAGUGGAAGCGUUGGGGGCCUCGUGUGCUUGCAGCUGGGCUGUGUCUGCUGCUGCAGCGGCAGCAGCGCAUGUCUUGGGUCUCUUGCCUCUCGGGGCGCCAGCAUUGUGUAGCUAUCCUGUUCCACGACCCUAUGGGCACAGAGCUGCGGACCCGCAGUGAUUUGAUGGAACUACUUCGGGGGGCUCUUAAUCCUCAUCAGUUGGCCCUUUUGGGUCGCAUAGCUCUUAGCAGCAGGGGGUUUAUUGUUGACAUGCCGCCCUCUGUUGCUGCGCGUCUCAAAGUUUCUCCCCGGGUCAAGGAACGGGGCCUCCGAAUUAGCUUCCUCACCUCGUUGCCUCCCAUUCUGCAGCAGCAGCAUGCCACCCGGGAAGAGCUGGAAAGACGCAGAUCCAGCAAGCGCAGCGCAAGAACUUCUCCGAUCUAUGAGAGGGCCUCACCCAGAGCUCGGAGGCGGGCGGCCAGAAAGCUCGCGAGACAAAGGGAAGCAGUUGCCGUCAGACAAACCCUCAGGGAAAGGCUACAGCUAGGCCGGAAACGAAGAAAUGUGCAGAACCGUGACUCAGCAGCAUCAGAAAGCAGCAGCAGUGGCUAG